AUGGAAAUGUAUGGAAAGUGCGGGUGCACUGUGGAUGCCUUGGGUGUCCUCCACAAAAUGGAAGAUGGAAAUGUUUUCUUCUGGAACGCAUUUGCCCAGCAAAUGCUCGUCGAUCGAAUUCUUGCAGCUAUCAAUGGCGAUGUGGCGGAGAUCCAGCUGCCAAGGGAAAUAACUGGAUGCUCGAAAAAGAGUAACAAGGGCAAAUGCCGCGAUCGCAAUCUUCCACGAGAAAGAACCUCGAUCUUUCAUCUUCUGGAAGAUUUCCAGCGCCCGCACUUUCCAUACCUUUCUAUGACCAGAUUAGCAAGGAACCUCGAGGCCGCUGGAGACGAUUUUCCUCGUGGAUGCGCCUUCCCCCUCCCAGAUCUGUGCUCACCGCAUUCUCGCCCAGGCGCCCACCGCUGGAGAUCGCUCCUCCUUCCUGCAAAUCUUCGCUGGAUGGCACCUCCUCGUCAAGGCUCAAGAACGAUGCCAUGGAAAACCACCGCCAUUGCCAUUAUACGCUACUGCUGCACAUUUUCGAUCCAGGGGGCUCUUUACCCGGGCGGUGUGCUGCUGCCGGGCGUGCUCUAUGAGUCGAGCAGCAUGGUCUUUCUUCUCAGUCUCAGACAUCUUCAAACUAGGCUCACAAGCACAAGCACUGCUUUUCCGCGUCCAGAUCGCUUCAUUCCUCAUCUUCGCCACCCUUUGGCCUCGAGCAUUUUCCAAGAUAAAAUGGAGGCCUGUAGUUCAUCAACAUCCAAGGCGUGGAGUGACCACAACGCAACUUGUGAUGAGAUGAGUUGGUGA